AAACUUCCGGUUGCUCCAUGCAGACGAAGUCAUGUUGCCAAUAUUAAAAUUGGCCACUCUACUUAUCAAACAGUUUACAAGACCCGUCGUAAAUACCAUCAGUGAAUCGGCAAAGCAAUACCCUAAAUUUCGUUCAAUUAUUGUAAAAUUAGCACAAAGGUAUCAUUUAAGUGAUUUUACCUCACAAAGUAAACUUUUUGGUUUUGGUAAACCGUUACGAGUGAAACCAUUAUCUGAAGAUGAAGCUCUAAAUUUAGGAACCAGAUUACUUGGAGAAACAUUAGUAUAUGGAAUUUCUGCAGGACUUUUGUUAGCUGAAUACAAUAGGUCUUCAAAAAAUGAUCAGAUCAAGGAAGAAAAGAGAAAGUUUGAAAUAGCUACACUUCAAAGAAAAAUACAUGAUUAUGGAAUUGUAACAGAACAGCAAGCAACUGAAAUUAAAGAAUUGAGAAGAAAAAUGUAUCAAUUAGAGGACAACAAUAAGAGUUUAGCAAGCAAAUUGUUUUCCUCUCUUAAAACAGGAUAAUAUGUACCGGUAAUUGUAAUAUAUGUAAGAAACUACGUUUAUACUAAAAUAAUAGUAAAUGUACUCACAAAGUUUUCUAUUAUAAGUGUCUAAAGAUCAUAGAAUCAAAUAUCAACAUCAUGUUACUGAAUAGGUUAUGGAAUCUCUACAGGCCUCCAAAUAUGAUCUGAUCAAAGCAGAAGAGAGAAAUUUUGAAAUAGCAGUACUUCAAAGACAAAUACAUGAAUAUGGUAAUACAACAGAACAGCAUGAACUUUAACUUAAUGAACUGAGGAUGAAAAUGCCUGAUGUAGAUAAAAGAAAUCAGAGUUUAGAAAGUAACAUGUUUUCAUCUUUAAAAUCAGGUUACUUUGUGAUACAAUAUAAUUCAUUUAUAAUUUUAGGGCCUUACUUAACCUUACACAUAUUACAUGUAUGAGUGUUUAGAUAAUAUGGAAUCAAAUAUUGACAUCAUGUAACUUUCAACAUUGAUUUACAAAGAUAUAUAUUCUAUUUUAAUCAAAGAACAGAAAACUUAGUGUGUAAUUUAGAUGGUAUUUAAUAUGGGAAUGAAGUGAUGAAAAUUUAAGCAUAAUGUCAAACUUUUUUGUGAGGUUAAAACAUUUUGAUAAUCAGGUUCUAUAACAUAUAUGCAAUAGAAAUGAGAAACAGAGAAGUAUUUUAACUGAGGUUAACAACAAUACAUUUCAUAGUAAAGCUUUUUUUUAUUAUUUUUUAAAGAUUUAAAUCUUGAAUAUAUUUAUGUAUGAAAAUGAUGUCAAAUCCAAGAUAAUAUACAGUUUCUUUACUUAUUAGUUUCAUGCUAUGAUGAUUUGUAAUCAUUUGUGGUUUCAAAUUUCUGCAAGAGAAACACAUUUUUAUAUUUACCUCCGAGCUUUACAACUGUGUUUGAAUGUUUUACUGCCAUUUUAGUCAGAUGUAUGUAAGUAUUGAAAUCUUCCUGUAUUUUCUGACAAUUUACUAGUCCUUUGAUUCAUUGUAAGAUUAACUUUGAACCUCAAUAUUUUUUGAUUAUGAGAAUAUAUAGAUUGUUCAUUUGUAUGUAAUGUUAAAUUAUAUAAAGUCCUGGUGACUUUUGUUUUUGUUAACAAAUUCAUUGAUCAUAAAUCUUGAUAUGUUAAAUUAGAAUUUUGUUUCGCCACUGUUAUGAUUACCUGCACUACAUUUAAUAUGUAAUUUUAACGACUGAUAUUGAAUCUUAUAUUUAAUCUUAAUUACCAGGAUUCACAUACAUCACUCUGUAUCCCCUAUGCUGGAUAUUUCAAACAGUGUAAUGCAGAUUGCAAUCAGUGUACAGUCAUUUGUGAAAGCUGAAACAAGUGACAAAGAAAUACAACUGGAUCCUGGAAAGAUUUUGUGCUUAGAUAUUGUUAAAAUAAAGAAUUAUCUCCCUUAUCUGCAAGUUUCUUGAAACUAAUACCAGUAUGUAUAUGCUUUGCAAAAAGCAAGGGAAUAUUGUCCAUCAUUACUGGAACAGCAAUUUUCUCCUUUUUUUAAUUGAGAAAUAAUGAAUGCAUGCAUACAAUAUACAAUAAGGAAACACCAAACAAUACUUAAGUAUUCUUUAGACUUGAUAUCUGUCACCCUGUUUUAUAGCCUUCUUAUAAAAAUGUUUUAUGUCAUGUAGGAAUGCUUUCUAUAAAAAAAAUGUGGUUUGCUGUAAAUUAUUUAGUUUGUAUACUAUGUAUUGCAUAAAUUAAAGAUUAUAGGUGUACUGCAAAUGAAAACAUUGGCACUUAUAAAAUGUAAAUUGAAGGGUAAUCUGCUAUAAAUAAAUUUAUAGAAAUGGUAAAUCAAACAUCAGGAAUCAUGUCACUAAGGUUUUCUACAAACAAUUCUGGGUUUGUUUUGGUUUGGGAAAUCCUGUCCACAGAGGCAAUCUUUCAACACAGAUUGCCCUUAUGCAAUCCCUUCAAAACUGAUCUGUUACCAGACUAAAUGGUCUUAAAUGUCUCUUGAAUGUAGACAGCAAAAAUUGUGGCAAAAUUUGUAAAAUUGUUUAGGAAGAUAAUUGUUCUAACCUAUUUUGAAUAUACAAUGACAUACUACAUUGUAGUAUAUGAUUUGUGCAGUUGAAAGUAAAUGAAGUAUAUUUACUGCAUGAUUUCUACAUAUAACAUUAAUAUUCUACCUCCUUAAAUAGAAACUCUUUAGUUUUGUUUUUUUUUCAUAUAAGUGCAUAAAAAAUAGUGAAAAAAACCUUUUUGUACAAUUUUAUGAAACUUCAAACUGUGAUAAAGGAAGAAAGAAUCCAGCUAACACAUCACAAAUUGUUGAAAAAUUAUAUAAAAUUUGUUCUUCUACAAGUAAAAACUAUAUUUUAAAUGCAAUUGUUCAAUCUUUGUUACUGUCAUCAUCAUCCAUAUGUAGGUACAAAUGUUUGUUUGAUAACAUGGUUUAUCUUGAAAAAAUUGGAAGUAGCCACUGAAGGAAAAUUGGAAUUGCAAAUAAAAAUUGUAGCUUAACCAAUUGUAAUAAAAAAGAGGCUUGAAAUAG